CGACCACGUAUCAGGCGACGUGUUGAGGCACCACUUAAAAGGCCUUUUACGUUCCUUUCCGAAAUAUUUCUCUUCACAUACCGGCUUCGACGAACAUCAUGGCAGACCAUAAGGGAGCGCGGCGGCGCAAUGCGGGAAAGGCUGAAACACCGGACGUUCCAUUGGAGCCAACGUCUGCAGUGCCAGCUACUACUGCCGAUGGGAAAGACUUGAACGGUAAACCCAUCCGUCGGGAGGCUGAGAAACCACCACAGUCCGAUUUUGUCGCCUUGCUCUUGCCACACCUCGACCACAUCAUCGCUUUGGUGUACACAUCGCUUUCUCUCUUCACUCGCUUUUACCGUAUCGGGCACGCAAAGAACGUCAUCUGGGAUGAAGCUCACUUUGGAAAGUUCGGUUCGCACUACCUGAAGCGCGAGUUCUACUUCGAUGUGCACCCGCCUUUGGGAAAGAUGUUGGUCGGGCUCGCUGGAUUCAUUGCAGGAUACGAUGGCUCCUUCGAAUUCAAAAGCGGGGAGGACUACGCUGAAAACGUACCCUUUGUUGCAAUGCGUAUGAUUCUGGCGUCGUUUGGCGCGGCGAUGGUUCCCUUGGCAUGGUACACGUCGAUUGAGUUGGGCAUGAGUCGUUGGUCCUGUCACUUGAUUACACUCAUGGUUCUCUUCGAUCUUGGCUGGCUGGUCAUCUCACGAUUCAUCCUUCUCGACUCCAUGCUUCUGUUUUUCACCGUGUUGACGGUGUUCUGUUUGACCAAGUUCAACAAUCAGCAAUCGAGAUCAUUCUCUGCUGGCUGGUGGACUUGGUUGUUCUUGACCGGUGUCUCCAUCGGUUGUGUGACCAGCGUCAAGAUGGUCGGAUUGUUUGUCACUGCACUUGUGGGACUGUAUACUAUUGAAGAUCUAUGGGGGAAAUUCGGGGAUCUGAAGAUGUCUGUUACCGACCAGGCCAAGCACUGGGCUGCCCGUGUAGCAUGUCUAAUCAUCGUCCCGAUCAUUGUCUUCAUGAUCUCGUUCAAAAUCCACUUCUUGAUACUCAACGGAUCUGGCCCUGGUGAUUCGCAAAUGAGCUCCCUUUUCCAGGCCAAUCUCGAAGGGAAUGACUUCCGCGACAAUCCAUUGGAGAUCGCGUUCGGUUCUAAAGUCACUCUGAAAGCCUAUGGAUUCGGCGGUGGCCUACUUCACUCCCAUCUGCAUUCAUAUCCGGAGGGCUCAGCGCAGCAGCAAGUCACAUGCUACAGCCACAAGGAUUCGAACAAUGACUGGAAUAUUCUCCCGCGAUGGGACGAGGCUCCGAUUGAUUACGAGGGUCCCAUCAGAUUUGUGAAGCAUGGGGACGUCAUCCGACUCCAGCACGCUGAAACCACGAGGAACUUGCACUCGCAUCCCAUUCCGGCACCUAUCACAAAGCUUAACCACGAGGUGUCGUGCUAUGGGAAUUCGACCAUCGGCGAUUUCCAGGAUUAUUGGGUGGUCGAAGUCAUUGAUGAUGUGCUGCGCGGAAAUCGAGCCCACGUCGACAAAGUCCAUGCACUGACGACUAGAAUGCGUUUGAGACACCAGUCCCUGGGAUGUUAUCUGCAUGCUGGUCACGUCAACCUGCCGCAAUGGGGCUGGAAGCAGAUUGAGGUCACAUGCGCGCCUGCGAACAACACCAACGACAUUGACACAUGGUGGAAUGUGGAAUCGCACUACAAUGAUCGCCUACCCCCCACCGAUCUUCAGUCCAUCAAGACGUCUUUCCUCCACGAUUUCUGGCACUUGAAUGUUGCGAUGAUGAACUCGAACAAUGCUCUCAUCCCAGAUCCAGACAAGGAGGAUAUCUUGGCCUCGCAGCCAUUUGACUGGCCGUUCCUGCACCUCGGACUCCGGAUGUGUGGAUGGGAACCCAAGCAAACCAAGUUCUAUCUCCUCGGGAAUCCCAUUGUCUGGUGGGGAAGCUCGACUAGUUUGAUUGUCGCGGGGGUCACCUUGGCUGUGUAUUUGAUGAGAACCCAGCGGAAGCAGGUGGUUCUGACCGACGCGGAGUGGGAUCAUUUCCUGUACGUCGGAAAGAUCGCCUUCUUUGGAUGGGGUUUGCACUACCUCCCAUUCCUGGUCAUGGGUCGAGUGACGUAUCUGCACCACUAUUUGCCUACGCUCUACUUUGCGGUACUUAUGUUCGGUCACAUGCUCGAUCACUUCAUCUUUUCUUCCACCCGACUGGCUCUGGCCACAAAAACAGCGAUAUUUUCGAUCUGCUCGGCUGCGGUCAUCGCUGCAUUCUGGUGGUUCAAGGGCAUAGCGUUCGGAAUCGACGGGCCGAUCUUGGACCACAAGGGACUAUUAUGGCGGAACAGCUGGAACAUUUACUUGCAAUGAGCAUCCCUGUAUUAUUUAUCCAGCCAGA